CUCCAAGGGGUAUCAAGAAAUCAAAAUUGGUUCAUCCCCAUUUGCCCAAUUCGCUGCCUAUCUCAUUCUCGCCUGCUGUUCGCUGUGUUGCUGUCUCGCUAGUCGCUUGUGUCUUGUGUCGCUGUCUCGCCAAGUCGCCUGGUCUCACUCUCGACAAUCGCCAUCGCCAAGUGCCCAAAUCGCCGCCAUUCACAGAAAUCAGGGUUCAUGUUGGAAUAUCUUGUUACUGUUGGAAUCGGAAUCUUGCUCGGGCUUACGUAAAUAUUCUUUUAAAUUGCAAAUGCUAAAGCUUUUUUCACGGUGGCGCCACGACUUCCAUAGCCACAACCGACCACAAAUCCUCCGUCACCUAACACAAUCUCAUUUUGAAGACGACCCACCUUUUUGCCCAAUCCUAAAACCCCAAAAUCAGAAGAACAAGAAACUCAAAGAAGACGCAUCAAAUAAGAAACCCCAAAACAAAUUCCCUAUAAAAUCAAAUCUACCCUUUGAUUUCAGGUACUCGUACUCUGAGACCAACCCUAGCCUCGAACCCAUUGGGUAUCGAGAAACCCCCAAAUUCUCUCCUUUUGGGCCGGGUCGACUUGACCGGAAAUGGACUGGAACAGUGGCUCCAUUGCAGCAGGCACCCGACAUGGCCAAGGUUGAAGAAGAGAGGAAUGCGAUUCUUGGGAAUCCGUUAUCAGAGGAAGAAGUAUCUGAACUCGUUGAAAGAUAUCGACACAAUGAUUGCUCUCGCCAAAUCAAUUUGGGAAAGGGUGGGGUUACACACAACAUGAUUGAUGACAUCCAAAACCAUUGGAAGAAAGCCGAAGCUGUGAGGAUCAAAUGCUUAGGAGUCCCGACUCUUGAUAUGGACAAUGUCUGCUUCCACCUCGAGGAAAAAUCGGGUGGGAAGAUCAUAUACAGACAGAUUAACAUCUUGCUGCUGUAUCGUGGACGAAAUUAUGAUCCCAAAAAUAGACCUGUUGUUCCUUUAAUGCUAUGGAAGCCACAUCCACCGAUUUAUCCAAAGCUCAUAAAGAAUGUUGCUGAUGGCUUGACAUUUGAAGAAACAAAAGAAUUGAGAAACCGAGGACUUAACUCUCCUCCACUAAUGAAACUAACAAGAAAUGGUGUGUAUGCUAAUGUGGUUGAAAAAGUGAGAGAGGCUUUUGAAGUUGAACAAGUAGUGAAGCUCUGUUGUGCACAUGUGGGUAUGAGUGACUCCAAAAGGAUCGCUGUGAAGCUAAGGGAUAUGGUCCCUUGUGUGCCUAUAUUGUAUAAAGAUGAACAGAUCAUUCUCUGGAGUGGGAAGAAAGCCACGGAAAAUACUUUGAAUGAUUUAUAAGUGGUAGUGAUUUCACCCUGGUUGACAUCAUGAUAAACCAUUAUAUCAAUUUAAAAAAGAAAGAUUAUAUACAUUCUAUGAAGGGCAAAUAGGUAAAAUAGUAGUGUCGUAAUACAUUGAGCCAUGUUUUUUUGGCUUAAUCCAUUAAGUCAUUUUGUUAAGACUAAGUUUUUAACCCAUUAAUUUCAUCAAGUCGAAGAAACAACCUCCUUAGACCUAAA